UUGCGUAACAUUGUUGUUGCAGCGCUGACAGGUAGUCGAAGGUUAACGAUUGCCUGUGGCUUUCUUUUUUCUUAUAUAAUUAUCCCGGACACGUGACCUGCAUGAAUGAAAUUCAUGUACCUGCCUAGUCAUGUUCGGUAAUUAUUAUCGAGCUGGCAUCCAGUAAACAAAAGCGUUAUCAAUUACAAUAAUGAAACUACUAGUUAUCAUAAGUGUUUUGACGUUGGGAAAUGUUGAUUGCAGAGGAAUAAAUGGAGGAAUAGAAUGCGCAGCAUGCACAGUGAUGUCCGGCAUUUUAGGCCAGUUGGCCGUCAUCCACAAUGAAACUAUUUACGGCGAGGGUUUGGAGCUUUGCAGCAAGCUACCGGGCUCUGCCAGGUCUUACUGCGACACAUUCGUUCACCUUCUGGAGCCGCUGAUCGUCAGCAGAAGUACCUUGAAGGAGUUCACACCGGAUGUGUUUUGUUAUGGCAUAAGGUUAUGCUAUUUGGAAGAAGAAACUCAUAGAUAUUGCCACUUAUUUCCGAAACCUACCAGCAGUUUUCGUUCGGCAGUUAAGAAAUUUGAGGAGUUUGCCAGCAACGCCUACAAGGCCAGGAACAGAUCUGCGGUGCGGAGCAUCAGCGAAGUCAGAGCUCUCACCAGGGACGUCUGCAAGUUUCCAGUCCUCUCUGCUAUCUGUAAAGCUGUCAAUGAGACAUACAGAUCAUUGGAGCCAUUGUUUGAUGCAGAUGGCGAUGGAUUUAGCAUGUUUGAGGAUCUGCGAGGUACCUUCUGGAGGGGCCGGGACUGCGCGGACUGGGAGAGCACCGCGUACCCCGGCCGGAGGCCCUUGGACGGCGACGAGAGCUUCGACCACAACUGCAACGGCAUAUUCGGCACGAACCAGGCCACGGGGCGGCCCUACGAGACGGAGCUGUGCGGGGACUCGGGGGCCCGCGGCAUAGCCUACUUCGGAGACUCCGUCGGCGGCCACUUCCACUUCCCGGACGCGUGGCUGGACCCCUUCAAGGUUUCGCUGGACGUGCACAUCCGUGCGCUGUUGAAGCACGGUGUGAUGGAUGAACUCAAUUGGCCUCAGCUGGGCUACGCUACAGGCUUCAUGAACUCCACUGAACCGGCACUUGUUCAGGGCAUCACGGACUCGAUAUACCUGCGGCUGCGAGCCCGGAACCGCUGCAACCACAGGGACUACCAGAAUCUGGCCCAGAACGCGGACUCCAGCUUCGACAUCCCGCGGCACGUCUUCUCGCUGGCUCGCAACAAGACGGUCGACAAGCCCCUGCUUAUUUUCUACGCCGUCGUGGGAAUCGACGUGUGCAACGAGUUAUCCGACACGCUGCGCCGCAUGACGAAGCCCAGCGUGUUCAGGAGGAACGUGGUCAACGCGCUGAGGCUGCUGGACGGCACGGUUCCGGAGGACAGCCACGUGGUGCUCAUAGGCCUGGUCGACGGUGGCAUGAUCUACGACAUCAUGGCAGACCGCCUGCACCCCAUAGGUCAACUGAAUGGUGAUGUUCACUACCGAGAGUUGUACAGAUGGUUCAACUGCAUGGAGAUUGGUCCGUGUUACGGCUGGCUGAAUGAAAAUGCCACCCUCAGAAAAUUAACAACUAAGGUCGCGCUGCAGCUGAACGCCAGGCUGAAGGACGUCGCCACGACCGAGAAGUUCCGGUCGUUCGACGUGCACUACUUGGACAACCCGAUCCACGAGAUGUUUCACGAGUGGCAGAAGAACCACUCGGCGUGGAUGCUCGUUGAGCCGGUGGACAGUCUGCACCCCACCCAGCUUGCCCAGCCAAUCAUCACAGACAUCUUGUGGAAGAAAAUGCUCCAGUACUUCCCACAUGUUCUGGGCGAAGUUAAUCCGAACAACGACAAGAUUGAGCAACUGUUCAAGGAUCAAGGUGGACACUAAUGAUCAUGCUACGAUUGCUGUUACUAAAAGAUUUCAAUGUUAUUUGUUGUUAAUUUUUACAUGUUUAGCUGCCACAGAACUAGAAUCACACAUGAUGUCUACUGUCCAGGAAAAAGUUCCUUAGCAGAAGUGGUGAUAUUUCCAUUUUGCUACUUACAUUUUGUGUUCUGACGCCUUAACUCAGUUUAUAGUCACAUGUGAAAAUGAUCUCUAAAACUGUUGAAAAUUUCUUAUUGCGUGUGCUCACGAUAAAUUUGUAUUAUGUAUAAAGAUUUAAAAGUCAACCUUUGUUAAGAAAACAUGUAAAAAAAUCUUUGUUAUAAGGUAGGUGAAUCAAUUGAAGCUAAUUUUUAUUCUAUUCGAAUUUGACAGGAAAUUUGCUGUUCUUUUUAUUUGAAGCUUUGCAUUUAUGCAAAGCUGUAAAACAUUGGAAGCUUAAGAAUUGCCCAUGAAAAUAUUUAGUUUUUUUUUUUUGUGUUGUAUAUGUUUUGCAUGAAUAAUGUUGGUUACGUAAAAAAUCAAAAGCAGAUGCUCCAAUUACUUUUAUGAAUGCUCAAUAUUAAUAUUAUGCAUGGUUAAUUUAUAAUUUUAGUGAAUGAUUUAUUUUUAUAUAUAUAUGGAGAGAGAGAGAGAAAUUAUGGAGGGGGGGGGGGAAGGUGUAAUUGUUUAAUCACAUAUUUAGUUCAAAUAUUACAAAUGUUUAAUGAUUAUUUUUUUUACUUCAAUCCUCUAUUUUAUAAAUAAGUGUAAUACAGCUUCAACAAUGUUCACAAUUCAAUUAGACUGCAAAUUUUUGAACAUUCUUUAUAUUUGCUUCACGUCUAAUAACUAGUGUUUACACAGGCAUAUUAAAAGGUUUUGGAAACGUUCUGAAAUUGGUUCAUUAGAUAUUCUUUGUGACAAAAUUUUUUUUAACCUUAAAAUAAUAUAAUUAUUAAAUGAAUCUGAGUACAUAAUUGUAUUUUCAAUUUAGCAAGAUCACUGCUGUUAUCAAAUGCAGAUAUUGAAAUCAAAUAUAUUGUUAGCUUGUUUAAGUAGGUACCUCAUAUUUGGAAAUAAUUAUUUUAAGAUAUAAAGAAUUUAUAGGUUUCAUUCAAUAUUUCUGUGAUAAGUUACAAAUAUGAAAUGGUAUCUGUCCAGUGUGAGUGAAAUAGAGAAAAUGUGUAUCAAUCAUUUAAAAAUAAUAGCGUUAUACCUUUAGCAAAAUAUGUUAGUCACAUUAAAUAGGUAAAACUCAAAUACUUAUUCUUAAAAAAGUGAAAUGUAUUUAGUGAAACAAUGAUGCAGUGUUAAAUAUUAUUUUCCAGAUUUUUAAAAUUUCCCAUAAUUAGGUUUUUCUGUGUGUAGACACACUCUAGGGAAGUUUUCGUAUUUGCUGCAGCAUGGAAUACUUUAUCUUGAUUCUUGGGCUGAAAACCAUAAUUUCAAGUUUUAAAAAAAUACUAUGCUGUAGGCCUCUUAUCAUAUUUACCCACAGAUUCAGAUAUAUAAGGUGAAGGAACAUUGCUGAGUGUAAGACAUGAGUUAAGUCCAACAUAGGACGCGUGUGUUUCAACAUUUGUUGUUUAAUAAAGUCUUUCUCCAAGUGCCACUUGGCUCUUUGUCCAAAAUAAAUAA